AUGAGUGAUACGAAAGUGUUGCAUGAUCAAUUGAUCAGGUGUUUUGAGGGUUUACUUCAAGGCGUCGACGACGUUUUUGUUCGUGCCUGUUUGGGAGCGCUGCGAUACAGUCGAUCUAAUUUUUAUGAUCUUGUUGAGUAUGCCAGAGAGAAACUCAAUACUGGCUACUGGCGUGAUGUUCCCGACUUUUGGCGUGAAUCGUACUCCCUCCUACGUCUUGCUUCUGUUCUCUCAUGUUUAUCCGCCUCAAAAGACGGUAAUGAUUGCGAUGUGGAGUAUGUGAUGUGGCUGCUCGAUGACGCUCUCAUCAUGGGUCACUCUGACAGUCUAGGUGAAGUGAUAACUAGUCUGGCUAGUCAAGCUAAUGCUUUUCUUACUGAACACCUCCCCACCAUUUCCUUCCCGAGUCGCUACUCCGACGUCGAUACUGCACCUCCGGAGUUAACAAGUUUCACAUAUUCAAGUGAGGUAAUUUCGGAACUAGAGCGUGUUCAUCAGCCGUCUAUUGCCGAAUUUACCACCAUCCUUGCGGCUGGAAUCCCCGUCAUCAUAACCGGCGCGAUGUCCCACUGGCCUGCAUGCAACGAAGCUUCUGAUCACUACUGGUCGCCGGCGUACUGGUCAAAGACGGCCGGCUAUCGCACCGUUCCCAUUGAGGUUGGCGCUGCCUAUACUGAUGAGUCUUGGGGUCAGCGCUUGGUUACUGUGAACCAGUUCUUCGAGACCUGUAUCCUCAAUCCAGCCAAAAAUCAGCCUCUUGGGUACCUAGCACAGCACCAAAUUCUUUUACAAAUUCCUGAGUUGGCAAAUGAUGUGGACAUUCCUGAAUACUGCUACACUGGUGUAACAGAUAUGAACUCCCGUGAAACCACAAUUGAUAGCAAUAUAUGGAUCGGUCCAUCUAAUACCGUCUCUCCCCUUCAUCACGACAGCGAUCGUGCCAACUUGCUCUGUCAGCUGAUAGGAAAGAAAUAUGUUAAACUAUAUAACGCAGAUCAAACCGAGUUCAUCUACCCGCAUGUUGAGAAUUCGAUGCUUUCCAACACCUCACAACUCGAUGUUGCCAGUCGGCAGCCGGAUUUUGACAAGUUUCCCAAAUUCCAGCAGGCUCGUGGUUUUCAUGGAAUCCUUGGACCUGGAGAGAUGCUUUUUAUUCCACCGCGUGGAUGGCAUUAUAUUCGUUCCCUCACCACUAGCAUUUCCAUGAACUUUUGGUGCCUUGCUAAAAUGAGCAAUCCUCGAUCCAAGGAGGACAAUUCUUUCGAUCUAGAACAGCAGUUCAUCCUUCGAAUGCCCGAGGAAGCUGCUCGAUAUCUAGCCGAAGAUAUUGAUCUUGGCGUUUCUUUUAAGGACAAUUUUACAGUGGAAAUGAAGCCGGAUAUGCGUCACUGCAUAGUGCGCUACAAUGGCCAGGUCUACCAGGGUCGAGUGAUGGAUCUGCCAUGCAUAAUCGAGUCGCAGAAGACAACGGAUAGGAAGAAUUUCUAUAAGACCGCUGACAUCUCCCAGAUGAUCAUUUGCACACAGGACGACGAUGGCACAGCUCCGAUUCGAGGUUCUGCCGCCUACCUCGCCGCGCGGUCAUUGCAUAAUCGGCCUCAACCGAGCAACACUUAUGGGCGAGAUAAUCGGGAGUUCCAAUAUCUGCAUGGUAUAACACCUCCGCUAAAGAAUGUCCUUCGGCGGCGUUUUCGCAAGACUCGAAAGAAACGGUCUGUAGACAUGCCUCAGAUUGAGAAAGAGGUGAAAAAUCUACUGCGUGCUGAUCUUCAGGCAGAUUUCGUCACGUGGGAGGUGGUUUGGAGCGAGCCGCCAAGUCAGCCACAGCCUUCCGCGACCGGUGGGGAGAGGGCUAGUGGUGAAGGUGACAAAGCCGCGGCUGCAGCUGCUCUCUCCUCUUCAGCCUCGGUCACCACUCUAGAUCCCUUGCAGAAGACUCUCUCGGGCACCCAGCCCCUCGCAGACAUCGACGAGGAGGCAGCUGAUGACACUGACGAUGGCGGAAGUGUGUGA